AUGAAAUAUGAAAGACGAAUCGUGGCUUUGGUGACAAUUGGUUCAUUAUUGACAGGCUCGAGUGUGGCAUUUUUACCUUCCUCGUCCUGGAAAAACGGGGCUCGAGAGCACCAUAAUGUCUGGAACAAUCAAGAGCGACGAGGGCAUGAUGAGUUUCAUCCGACGAGAAAUCGUCACCAGGAUACAGUUCGAUUGAUGAAUUCAUAUUUGGAUUCACUUGCACCAUCGACUGCUGGAAAAAGGCCACCAGCGGCUACACAAGGAAUGAAAAGUUUCCAUCCACAACGAAAACAGCAGCCUCCACCAAAACCCAUUCCUGUGCAAGAGAAUAAUGUUAUUGAAACGACAGCAGAAGUGGUCACGACGACAGAUAUUCCAGCAACAGCUUCUGUUCCAAACGGAAUUGCACAAAACCAAUACUUUCCACCCCCACAAGAACCGAUGCUGCAACAGCCACAGCAGCAAACGCAAUCAAAUCAUCCAAAUACUGGAGUAUCUCCGCCACCACAAUCACAAUUAGAUGUCCAACAAACGAUUCCGGCAAAUCACGAAAUGGGCUACUUAAACCAGCCACAGCCACAGUCGAAUGAAUCGAUAACAAGGUCACAGUUGCCUCCUAUUCCUCCAAAUGUUCCUAUCCCACAGCCUCCCGAGCUGCAGCCUCCUCCUUCUUCAGAGAACUAUGAUCCUCACGCGACGAAUUUCGGAACAGGGACGACACAAGUCUACCCACAACAGCCUCCAAUGAUGCAACAACCUCCAAUUCAGUAUCCACAAGGAGCAACUUCGUAUUCGCCUAAAUAUCAAGCUUAUCAGAUGCCACAGUCACAGCCACCACCAACGGCAACCUACCCAAACGGUAAUGCGGAACAGCAGCAAACGCAAACGCAAACGCAACAGCCUCCAAUGCAGUAUGCACCAGGAGCAUCUUCAUAUUCACCGUUUCCAGAAAAUCCUCCGCCACAACAAUCAAUGCAGCAGCAACCUCCUCCUCUUGAAACCCCAACGUAUCAGACGCAACAAACACCGCCAACAGCAAUCUACCCAAAUGGUACUACCGAACAACAACAACAACAACAACAGCAGCAGCAGCAGCAGCAGCAACAGACCCAGACGUACAAUCCAUCCAUGGGAUCCUUUCCCCAACAAGACCUGCCGCUUCAGGGGCCUCCACCUCCGAACGUGCCGCUGUAUGGUCAGCCUGUGCAAAAGCCACAACAAGAACAAGAGCAACAGAGUCCAAGUGUAGCGAUGCCACCACCACAACCACCGACAGGAACUUGGGACACACCAAUGGGACAACAGGCGCAACAAAAUGCCCAGCCGCCGCCACAAUUCGACCCGCAUGAGCUAAUGAGCCAGCAAAACCGAAAUGCUGGCGGAGACAAUUGGUACGAUGUCAAAACGGGAAGACGAAACCGCAUAUUUGACAAUGUCAAUCCGUGGGAGCGUGAUAACAACCCAACGAUCCUCCCUCCUCUCAAUCAACUUCAGCAGCAGAACCCGGUGCCACCACGUCCCCCACCCUUUGAUCCGCAUUCCCCAAGCUGGGACCGUCCAGGAAUGCCAGGCGGUGCUGGCACCACCACCAAUCUACAAGGAACAUCAUGGCACAAUGACCCAAACAGCUGGCAAGGAUCGCAAGGUCUUCCUUAUCACGACCAUCCUAUGAACCCACUAGCAGCUGGCAUGCCAAUGGCAACAGUAGCACCGCCUCCAUUACAACCCAUGAAACAGAACACGAGACAGCCGUUCGACCCACAUAAUCCAGAUUGGACCAGGCCUUUGUCUUCCGAAAUUCAAGGUGAAUCGCGGAAUACUUGGCAAAAUCAUUUGGGAGUUCCUCGAGUAAUGGUGGACUUGUUUAGCGAAGGGAGACCGAUUGAUUCGGAGAUUGAACUAUGGCAAGGACCAUCCAACACACCACACAAGAUCAAGAUGUAUAGUGAAGACGGCGGUAUUCGUCCAUUCAAAGCAGUUGUUGAAACCCCUGGGUAUGGAUCAUCCAUCGAUAUCAAGAACUCGGGUCCAACAGCGUUUCCAAUUCAAGCCAAUGUGCGACCGAUGCCCUUUCGAUACGAGCCAGAGAGAUUCAAGCAGGUACAGGGAGCGAAUUCCUUAUACACUGUAUCCCUGAGCGAUUAUGCAACAAGCGCACUCGUUACGCUGGAAACGGACGGUAUGCCUCUAAUGGUGCUUGUGGAAUUGUGGCAGGGACCUGAUAACACUCCUCAGAAAGUCAAAGUUUACAACGAACAAGGAGUACCAUUCCAGCUCAUGGUAGAGACUCCUGGAUCUCAAUGUACGAUUGCUAUAAGAAACAUAGGGCCAAUGGAAUUCCCUCUUUACUGUGCAGUAUCGGCCAGAGUAGACUAG